AUGACGUUCCAUCUGGCCACAAGCACAUCUCACCAAGCAAACUCCGAAAGCAAAGUCCCAUCCCCAACCCCAACUUCGUUGAACAUGACACAACCCGCCCAGACCACAGCAUCCUUCCUCGAACUCCCCGGCGAACUCCGCAACAAGGUCUACAACUUGCACCUCAACGACCUCGCACCCCUCAUUGGCGGAUCCUGGCUUUCCGUCGAAAAUAGCACCUUCCUCAUCGCCUCCUCCGACCUCAACCUCUUACUCGCAAGUCGCCAAAUAAAUACCGAACUCGGCCCCCUCUUCUGGCAGCACUUCGACAUCUACUUCAAGAGAUGCGUCUUCCUGCACGUCAAAUCAGCGCGCUCGAUUUCCAUGGCCUGGCAACGGCACGCCGAUCGCGAGUUUCUCCCGGGGAUGGGGUUAUUGUAUUCAGAUGACAGGAGUAUUGGGCUACGACUCGAUAGAGGCGGUGGGCAUCUUUUCCGGUCUAGAAAGGGGCAUAGUAGAGGACUACCUCUCGUGGAAGCGUUGGAAAGGAGUGGUGCUUCGUAUGAUCUGGGAGACUUGAUGCCGUUUCACGGUAGCGCGCUAUCGGGGGAUGAGAAGGCUGAUGCUACCGUAUAUGUUAAGAAAGGCGGGGAGCUUCAUCGAUUGAGAAUUUGGACGUAUGGGGUGGAGGUUGGGGCUGGGGUUGGGGUUGAUGGGCCGCUGUGGGCAUUAGAUUGGGGGUUGUGA